GUGAUCACUGAUUGGCCAAUCAGUCCCGAUCAUGUGAUCACUGAUUGGCCAAUCUCAGUGAUCACAUGCAGAGUAGUAAGCAAGAUGUCACUUCUGACAUCAUUGCUUACUACGUGUGAAAUCACAACACAUUCACAACAGCCUUGUACCAUGUGACAAGCUGUGACCAAUCACAGCUAACACAGUAGUUCUCAAUGGCUGCAAGAAUGCAGCCAGAGAGAUGGAGAAAUGAUUGCUUUUACAGCCUUUAUGGGUGUAAAAGCAAUCAGUGUAAAAAA